CAGCCAUCUUAGCGGAGCUCAGCCUUGCAGAUUGAAGUCCCGCCUCCAACGCGGCUGCACCGAUAUUUUUGUAGUCCAGCCUUUUUGGAACCAGCCGCAACAACCCCCUCCAUCCUCGAUGGAACGCGACGACCUCGGCCGUUAGUUUCGACAUCUUCAUAGAGCGCCGCUUCACCAUGAAUCUCCUACUUUCCGACGAUUACCUGCUUCAGGAUUAUCCUGAGAACAUCACGAACACGAUCCGAUCGGGACAUGCGACCAUGCUUCGCUUCAAUCGCAAGGGCGACUACCUUGCCUCCGGUCGAGUCGACGGCACUGUUGUGGUGUGGGAUCUCGAGACCAUGGGCGUCGCGAGGAAGCUGAGGGGCCACAACAAGAGCAUUACCUUCUUGAGCUGGUCAAGAUGCGGUAGAUACUUGCUGUCGACUUGCCAGGGCUGGAAGGCCAUCCUCUGGGAUCUCCAAGACGGCAAGAGGCUGCGCGAGGUGCGCUUCCGCGCCCCGGUGUACAUGGCUGAGCUACAUCCGUGGAACCACCUUGAACUCGUCGCCGCGCUCUUCGAGGAGCAGCCAGUCGUCGUCGACAUGACCGAGCCCGUCGACGUGAAGCACAUACUCCCAUCCGCACCGAAACGAAAUACCGACGGCGAUACGGCAUUGAAGGAGAAGCAGGCAAAAGAAGACGCCAAACAGAUGACAACAUCCAUUGUCUGGAGUGUCACCGGAGACCACGUCCUCGCUGGAACAAACAAAGGGAGGCUCAACAUUAUCGACGCCAAGUCUUACGAGAUCAUAUACUCGGACAAAAUAUGCUCAGGAGCAAUCACUACGAUGCGGACUACAGGGUCAGGCCGGGAGCUGCUGGUGAACUCGCAAGACCGAAUCAUUCGAACAUUUCGAAUACCAAAUCUCUCCACCGAUGACCUCGACCUGGACACCUUACAAAUACCACUAGAACACAAGUUCCAAGAUGUCGUUAACAAACUAUCCUGGAACCACGUCACAUUCAGCGCGACCGGAGAGUAUGUGGCAGCCUCGACGUAUAACAACCACGAGCUGUAUGUCUGGGAACGCAAUCACGGCAGUCUCGUGUGCAUGCUCAAGGACCCGAAGGAGGAGCAGGGAGUGAUAGAGUGGCACCCAGCUCGUGCGCUUUUGGCUGCAUGCGGCCUGGAGACGGGGCGGAUAUACAUAUGGUCUGUGAUUAGUCCACAGAAGUGGUCGGCGCUGGCGCCAGACUUUGCAGAGGUCGAGGAGAAUGUGGAGUACAUCGAGCGGGAGGAUGAGUUCGAUAUCUAUGCGCAAGAGGAGAUCCACCGGCGGCGACUCGAUGCGGAAGACGAGGACGUUGAUGUUCUGACGCUCGAUCCGUCUAAGGCUUUGGACGAGGGUGACGGCUUCCGGAUGCCAAUUCUCUUCAACCUUGGCGAGAGCGACAGCGAGGACGAGUUUAUCGCGGUGUCUACCGGAACCAUGAGACGUAGGAGUCCUGGCGAGGGUCAGGGCGAUUUGGACGCGGUGGUCGAGAAGGUGACAGUAAAGAAAUCAGGCAAGGCAGCCAGAAGUAGAAAGCGAUAAAGAGACAGCGAGGCCAGAAAGAGCUGUCAGAGUUAGGCUGAAUCGAGCUAGAUACGGUAUUAGUUAGCGUCAUGAAGCGCAAGACACGUCUCGUCUCGCUUUGACGUGGGCCAGCAUGAUCAAUGACAAAGGAGUCGCAACGAUGCGACAAAGCGCCUUUGUUUCGUCUGUAAUCGUUGCUUCGCAUGGCCGAACAGUGAAUGGAUUGGAGAGAUGAAACCCAUUGGUAGGCAUUGACUCGAAUGUGCAGGGGCUUGAGUCAUCGGCGUGUUGUCCAUC